CACGUUUUCCAACCAAAAAAAAACAAAACUUUAGUUAAAACGACUAGUAUAUAUGUGCUAAACCAGGAGUUUGAAUUAUUAUUAAGCAGAUUCAUAUUUUGGAAAAGAACACUGAAGUCGAAUGAUCGUUCGAUUCUUUCCUUUGCCUAUAAACAUUUAACAUCCGAGACCGAGUUCACUCCGCAGCCGUCUAAUCUUUUUAGCUUGGGAUCUUGACCGUCUACGAUACUCGUCUUGAUACAUAGCUCGGAGCUUGUCCGGCUUUGUAUCAAGCAAUCGUGAGCCCUGUCAACUGGUGUGCGCACUAAGCAAGCAUACUCUAUUAUUUGUCGAAAUCACAAGAGCCAGCCAGUCUCUCUGAGUUCUAUCACAAUCUUCUUCUUCAGAGCUUAUUGAGUAAUGGCGGCUUCAAUGCAGUUCUACGGAGUUAAAACACCAGAACUUGCCUUAAACUCAAAAAGGAUUGAGUUUAGCUCAAAGGGGCUCAACUUCUCAGCACUCGUGUCCUCUGCUCGUGUAUUCUCUAGAAACGUAGAUCGUUCUUGUAAGAACAUCGCUCUGAGAGUUACUUGUGAAGCGGGAAGAGUGGAGCUGCUAGAGAGAAAAGCCUCAGAGACUUUCAAGUUAAACAAAACUGAGAAAAAAUUGACCUGUGUAAUGAAAUUCGGUGGCUCAUCAGUGGCAUCAGCAGAAAGGAUGAUACAAGUUGCCAAACUCAUACUCAGCUUCCCAGAUGAGAAGCCUGUUGUUGUGCUAUCAGCAAUGGCAAAGACCACCAAUAAGCUUUUGAUGGCUGGGGAGAAGGCUGUUUGCUGCGGUGUCACCAACGUCGACACUAUCGAAGAGUUGAGCUAUAUAAAGGAACUCCAUAUAAGGACUGCUCAUGAGCUUGGAGUGGAAACAGCAGUUAUUGCAGAACAUCUAGAAGGACUGGAACAGCUUCUUAAAGGCGUCGCAAUGAUGAAGGAAUUAACUUUACGCUCAAGAGACUACUUGGUUUCAUUUGGAGAAUGCAUGUCCACUAGGCUAUUUGCUGCGUACCUGAACAAAAUUGGGCACAAAGCACGACAGUAUGAUGCAUUUGAGAUCGGGAUUAUCACCACAGAUGACUUCACUAAUGCUGAUAUUCUUGAGGCAACAUACCCGGCGGUUUCGAAAAAGUUACUUGGUGACUGGAGCAAGGAAAAUGCACUCCCCGUUGUCACAGGCUUCCUUGGAAAGGGAUGGAGAUCUUGUGCUGUAACUACGCUUGGUAGAGGAGGUAGCGAUUUGACUGCAACAACGAUCGGGAAGGCUUUAGGUUUGCGGGAGAUCCAGGUUUGGAAAGAUGUGGAUGGAGUUUUGACUUGUGAUCCUAACAUUUACUGCGGAGCUCAACCUGUUCCACACUUGACAUUUGAUGAGGCUGCUGAACUUGCUUACUUUGGUGCCCAGGUGUUGCAUCCACUUUCCAUGCGCCCAGCGCGAGAAGGUAACAUUCCUGUAAGGGUUAAGAACUCUUACAAUCCCACUGCUCCAGGAACUGUCAUCACCAGAUCAAGAGACAUGAGCAAGGCUGUAUUGACCAGCAUCGUUCUGAAACGUAAUGUCACCAUGUUGGACAUCACUAGCACCCGUAUGCUCGGCCAAUAUGGUUUCCUUGCCAAGGUGUUUUCCACAUUUGAAAAGUUGGGCAUAUCUGUGGAUGUUGUUGCAACCAGCGAAGUUAGCAUUUCUUUGACAUUGGAUCCUUCAAAGUUCUGUAGCAGAGAGUUAAUUCAACACGAGCUUGAUCAGGUGGUGGAGGAACUUGAGAAGAUUGCUGUUGUAAAUCUGCUUCGACACAGAUCAAUUAUCUCUCUCAUCGGAAAUGUUCAGAGAUCAUCAUUCAUAUUAGAGAAGGGCUUCCGAGUACUUCGAACCAAUGGGAUUAAUGUCCAGAUGAUCUCCCAAGGUGCAUCUAAGGUAAACAUCUCACUGAUAGUGAAUGAUGAUGAGGCGGAGCAUUGUGUGAAGGCUCUCCACUCGGCCUUCUUUGAGACAGACACUUGUGAAGCAGUCUCAGAAUGCCCGACCGGCUACAUCGCUGCCUCUUCGUGAAACCUCUAGGUGCAACCUGCAAGGUCUGAAAGUACUAGCUAGUUUGAUGUUAUGAUUCUUGUCAGACUGGUAUUAGGAAACAAAGCUCCCAUUCUCCUUGUGUAAUAUAAUGUAAUUUGAUUGGGAGAUGUACUGGAAAAUCAAUAAGUUUUCCUAUUUGAAUAUAUGAUUAGGACUGCCUACAACAUCAGUUAAGGUUACAAAAUCUCAAUCCCAAGACCAAAGAAAGAUAUCGAAAUAAUUGAAUGAAACACGUACAGAACCUACUCUAGCACUUUGUUCUAUAUAAUGCUGAGUCACCAGUAAUCACCACAAGAACAGACCCCCUCACUAAAGUGAUGGAAUCUGCUUGUAUCCCUUACAGUUAUCUCCCUCUUUACAAUCUUCGAUAUUAGUUUUAUUGCAGCAUGGCAAUCCCUGCAGGCCCUCAAGUUCUUCAUCACAACAAUCGGACACCCUUCUGGUGUACUGAUCAGAGCAAAUGCAACGGCUAAACGUUCACUGUGGUACUUAAGCGACUCAAUCUUCAUCUGCUCAUCUACGUCUUGUACUACCGAACUAGUGUCAGGCUUGUACCCUUCUCUCUCAAUCUCAGCUGUCAAUUCAUUGAUCUUUCUCACGAUCUCAUCUCCGUUUGGGUGUGUCUGAUCAUUUGAUGAGAACACAUGAAUCUUGUGGUUAACUUCUACCCAGCUAUAAGCCGGAACCUUUUUGAUUCCGCGUUCGCGCAUUGCUUUCUUCACAUCCCUAACUUUUUCCCAUUCCCCAGCCGCUGCAUAGAUGUUUGACAUGCUUACAUAAGCAGCAGCGUCCCUGAGCUUCUCCAUACUGAAGAGCUUCUCUGCUGCUCUCUCAGCAAGGCUUUGAUUCUUGUGAAUCCGACAUGCGUUCAACACUGACGACCACAUAAUUUCAUCUGGCUCAAAGGGCAUUUCGUCCAUCAACUUCUCUGCUUCUGCAAAUCUUCCGUUUCUGCCAAGCAAAUCCAGCAUGCAUGCAUAAUGCUUCUUUUUUGGAGUUAUCCCAUAGAUUGGAGACAUUGCCUGGAAAUAUUCUGUUCCUUGUUCAACAAAUCCACAGUGACUACAUGCAGUUAAGACGCCUAAGAUGCUGACUGAAUCUGGCUGGAGACCAGAUUCAAUCAUCUUUGCAAAUGCACCAAUAGCUGCUUCUCCAUCUCCGUUAUCAGCGUGUGCUGAAAUCAAAGCAUUCCAGGAAACUGCAUUUCUAUCGGGCAUCUCUUCGAAUACUUGAACUGCAUCUUUGAUAGAACCACAUUUGGCGUACAUAUCAACCAGGCCACUUCCGGAGAACACAUUUUCCAAGUUCCCUGAUCUGAUUAUGAAUGCAUGGAGUUGUUUCCCCAGCAACAGAGAAGCGAAACUAGCGGAAGCUUUCAAUACAGUAGCAAAAGUUGAUUGGUCUGCUCGUAAAUUUGAUCCUCGCAUCUUGGUGAACAACUUAAGCCCAGCUCCAUGAAGCCCUUUCUGAACGUAACCUGAGAUCAAGGCAGUCCAGGAAACGGUGGUCCGUUGUGGUAAACUCUUGAAUAUCAACUCAGCUUCCUCGAACAUUUCGCAUUUUGCAUACAUAUCUACUAAAGAAUUCCCAACAUGAAGGAUUGAAUCAGCCGUUGCCAGGAGGGCCUGGCAGUGCAAUUGUCGACCCAUCUGCAAGGAUGACAAGUUAGCAGCGAUGCUCAGCAUCGUCGCGAAAGGGAAGUUUCUGCGAUCAAACCCCAUGCACUGCAUUUCUCUAAAGAAGUGGAGGGAUGCCUCGUAUUGAUCAGCCUGUGAGUAGCUUGAGAUGACCACAUUGUAAGAAACAAAAUCCAACUCAGGCAUCUCAUCAAAAAGCAUCCUAGUUUCAAGAACACGGUCAUGUUUGGAGUAGAAAUCAAGAAUUUGAUUGCCAACAGAAGCAUCCCUGGAGAAGCCGGUAGUAACUGACAGAGCAUGGAGUUGCUGACCAAGAGCAAAAUCGUGCAGCCCAACAACAGCCUUGAGAACCCCAGAAAAUGUGAAAUCUGAAGGCUGGUGACCAGACUGCCGCAUUUUAAGAAAGAGAUGGAUGGACUCCGUGUACAAGCCAUCCUUCUCGUACCCUGUAAUAAGGGUGUUGAACGUGACAGAGUCUUUCUCUGGAAUCUCCUCGAACAACACACAGGCUAAAUCGAGUCGCCUUACCUCACAGUAGGACUUAAGCAGAACAUUGGAGACAGUGAGAAAGGGGUUGGUAUCAAAGCCUAACUUGACGGCAAAAGCAUGAACCUGACCGACCGCGUUCUGGGGAACAGCGUCAUUGCAGCCUGGUAAAAGCGUAGUAAAGGUGACAUGAUCGGGCAGGGUACAGGAAGAAGACCUGCACAUCUGACGGAAAAGCUUGAAAGCUUCAUCGAAGUGGCUGUUCCGGGCGUACCACCCCAUCAAGAUAGUCCACGUGACAACAGUUCUGUCGGGCAUUGCGUCAAAAAGGUCUCGGGCGCUGGAAACAUCACCCGUCUUCACGUGACCGGAAAUCAUGGUAUUGGUGGAGACAGUGUUCUUGUGAGGCAUUUCGUCGUACACCUUGCGUGCAGCAGAAACUUGACCUCUCCUGAGAAGGUCCUCGACGAUGAAAUUGGAGCGACACGUAUCUGUGUCGAAGCCAGUUUUAAUGAUGCGAGCAUCAACACGUCGUGUGUCGAGAAAUGUCGCCGGUGACGGUUGUCGGAGCUGCCGUAAAGUGGCAAGAGUUCGUGAGCGGACUUCAUUAGAGUUGCAAUAAAGUUUCAUACGCCUAAACCAAACUUUCGAAUUUUAUACUGCAGUUUCGCGAUGAUUACGAAACCCCAAUAUACAAUCAAUCAUACUAAUACUAUAUAUUGAUCUCCAGUUUAGUUUGGUACUAAUGGCGAAAGAACAAUUGGGACAAUGUUCCCCUUUUUUAGUGCUCGAACAGAAAUUACAAAUACAACUAAAAAACCAAACAAAAAAAUCAGAGUACAUAAGCCCAAAGGGUGCAAUUAACUAAAAGCCCAUAAAACAG